AUGCACGCCAACUAAAUUCAUUAAAAUUGGCGCUGGUUAUCACGCAAAACACUUUCCAAAUUCAAAAUUUCAAAUUCAAAAGUAGCCGUUGCCUCAUUAUUAGCAUCAAGCACAAGACAAAAAAGCAGCAUAUCCAACCCAACUUCAUAUUCAACCCCACAAACCCAACCCAAAACGUAGGCUUCGUCGAAAUCCAUGGCCGGUUGCAUGAAAACCUCGAUCUCGCUCCAGAAUUCCUACACUUCGCUCUACCGCAAUCCCCUCAUGGAGCAGAAAAACUCCAACGAAGGCGCCGGCAAUGCCGUUCCUCAAAUACGCCGCAACUUAGCCGCAGCCACCGAUGACAAAGAGAACUCUUCACCAAACGUCACCGUUAAAACGGAUAGCAAUGGUCGGAAAUAUGCAGCUGACAUCUUGAAAGAAUUCCCGAGUGCCAAGUCCCAAAUGAGAGAGAAUUUGCUGAAGCCUUCUUCACUUGAGCUCUGCAUCAAGAAACACGAGCCCGACUCAAAUGUCGGCCUCAGGGUUUGGGAAUCGCUUGAUUCCGGGAGAUCCAACUCAGCCAAUGUGUGGGACUACUCCGAUUCAGAAUCUGCGCCUGUAUCGUCGUGGUCGACUUUGCCUAACAGAGCUUUGUUGUGUAGGCCUCUGCCAGUUGAUGUUGGGAGGUGCACCUGCAUUAUAGUGAAGGAAUCAUCUCCAGAUGGAUUUGAUGGUGGAACUUUAUACACUUUAUACACCAAUGAGGGCAAGGGGCGGCAAAACCGCAAACUUGCAGUGGCCCAUCACCGGAGGCGAAGAGGGAGAUCGGAAUUCGUUGUUGCUCAAAGUGCAAGAGGCAUUGUGGCUCCAUCAGAAGAUAGUCUGAUUGGGGUAGUCACUUCUAACAUCCUUGGAUCCAAGUACCAUAUAUGGGAUCAGGGGCACUACUCCAACUCCUUAACCAAACACCCCAAAUUGCUGGCUGCUGUCAAGUUUAUGUCAACUGUAUCAACAUGGAGUGGGAAUUACAGAAGCAUGAAGGCAUGGAUACCAAAACACCAAUCUAUGCAGCUGAAGAAUACAAAUCAGAUACAACAUAUGAAUGGAUUGCCCACAGAAUGGGAGGGAAGCAAGGAUAGAGUUCAUAACCUAUUCUCAAAGGUCCCUAUAUACAAUAAGUUUACACGACAGUACGAGUUAGACUUCAGAGACAGAGGAAGGGCAGGACUCAAAAUCCAGAGCUCGGUUAAGAACUUUCAAUUAACAAUGGAGAAAAACGGAAAGCAAAGUAUACUUCAACUUGGAAGGGUGGGGAAGUCUAAAUAUGUGAUGGACUACAGGUAUCCUUUAAGUGGUUAUCAAGCCUUCUGCAUGUGCUUGGCGUCCAUGGACUCCAAACUCUGCUGCACCGUAUAACCAUCAUCUCCUUCUUUCAAGCUGUUCAUCCUCAGAACACAUGAUUAUCCGGGGUUUUGCCAUUGAAAUCUUGAGCUCCAUUCUCUCACCUUGCUCAUGAAAAUCAUUUUGAUGCAAGUUUUGGCUCUAAAUCAUUAAGCAAUGUUUAUCCAUUUUGUAAAACAUGAGCUAUCAAGAAUGAGCAAAUUCUUGAUUUCGUGCUUCCCAUGUUCCACAUGUUAGAUCGGCAAAAUUUCAUUCUAUACUUGAGCGUCUAAACUUUUCUAUAAUUAUAGCCAA